GGAGGCUGAUCAGAGUGCAUUAACAGACCAGGGCGUCCACACUGGCGCCACGGCGCUCCAGUAGGGGCGCAUCAAACGUUAUUCCACUCGCCGAGGUGGAGUAGCAGGAGCGCUCUAGCCGCAGAGUCAGAGCGCUCUACAUGCCUUGCAAGUGUGGACGUGUCAUGAGUUAGAGCACACUGGGCUGCUUUAAUGUGCUCUAACUCACAAGAAAUGCAGGCAAUACACAACUGCACUAACUGCUAUGACAGCAACCCAGCAACCACACACGGGGAGAUCUUUGUUCUUUGUGUAGAGUAGUGCUGAUAUUUGAAGAUGGGAGGUGUUGUGGAAUCUGGGGAAGUAGCUGAGCUACAUAGAGUACUUAUUUCAGGCCUUAUCUGAAAGUUGCACAGAUUUAACUAAAGGUGUGUUUUAAACGCACCAAUUUCAAUUUAAACGCAUGCAAGUCUGUGUAGUCACUCUUAUUUUAGUUUGAGAGUCUUAUUUCAGUGUAGAUUGUUUUUUGUUUUUUUAGAGUUUUGCUAAACUGAAAUAAACUAUUAUUAAACCAACCUAAAAGUGUUUACAUGCAGAUUUACACCAAUUUGAAGUAAAUUGGUUUAAAAAAGCAACUUUAAUUAUAGUAGUGCAAAUUUGUUCUUAGACAAGGUCCCAGAUUAUUUAUGGAUGAAUCUCUUCUGGCGGGGUAUGUGUCUGACAAUGAGGGAAUUGUCAUAACAAACCCAUUAUUUCAUUAAAAUUGGAGAAGUCUUUUUAUAUGAGAGAGACUAAAUUUUGGACCUAAGGCUCCUGAAUCAUGGCCAGGAGCGGGCUUUUUUUCUUUCAGCAGGUCAUAAAACCUACCCAAUAUUAAGUAUGUCCUUGCAGAAUUUAAUGGAUAAUCACUGUCUCUGUGUUGAGAAGUGUUCCAUUUCCCCUAGGAAAUGGGUGACCUAAAAGAUCUUCUGCAUGAGCUCGUAAUCUAAAAAUCUAACUUAAUAUGUUUUAACUGCUUCAGUUCCUAUUAUAUCGGUAGUAUAAUUGUAUUCUGCAUAGUACAUCACCUUAGGAUGGUACAAAUGCCUUGUAGAGUGGGGGAACUUAAUUACUGCCAGACUAUAAGGAUGUUGUCAGUGUUUUAAAUGCACUCUGGCACCCAGGCUUUCCUUGACCAAAGAAACAAGUAUAGAUACUGAUCUCGGUCCUGUUGUCAAUGGUGAAUUUUCUUAUUGACUACAGUGUGAUCAGUGGGGGUCCAUUCAGUAACAUUAAUGUCGUGAAUCAGGUUUCCAGAUACAUUAAAAUAUCAAAGCCUACAGAUGUACUCUAUAGAGGAAGUUGCUUCAAGUAAUACUUAAAACACACAUACACAGCACUUUCCAUCUGAGGAUUGCAAAGCACUUUACCAUAGUGGGAAUUCAUUAUCAUUUUACAGUUGAUGGGGUGGGUGGGUGGAACUGAGCGACAGAGAAGUUACAAAACUUGACCGACUGUAUCACUUUAGGCAGUGACAAAGUCAGGAAUAAAUCAAGAACUCUUAACUCCAGUCAUAUGUGCUCGCUUCUAGACUACACUAGCAUUACUUGUUUGGAAAGGAUGCCUAAACUUUUGUCAUAGGGGUUUGACAAUACCUCCUUACUUUGAAGAAUCAGAAGAUGGGCAUUCAGAUCUUUGGAAGGGCACAAAUUAGAAUCCUUUACUAAGGUAAGAAUCCGCUAGUGGUACUACUAUAGUUCGGAAAGUCUCUCUUCUGUGGCAGCGUUCACAAGAAUGACUACAUACAAUCUAUUGCAUUUUUGGAUAUGUGUGAUAAAGAGCAUGGAAUUAUUUUGAUGUUGAGCAUUCACAGGACCCACUCAUCCUGUUGGUGGGAAACGAUGAGCUCCAAGUAUCCCUAUUGCCUUUCACUGUGACAGAUAGAAAUGGGUCUUACUCACUAGCUUGAUUUUGACAUGAGCUACUUAUAAACCUGCAUUAAUGGCUCAAUCUACCAUGGGAUGCACUGAUAAAAUGAACAUGAUAAUUUUCUUUCCUGUCUAGAUAUCUAGUCAGUGGUACUCAGACUACGGCAGAAACCUUCAUGGGGUGGUGCUUAAUGCAGGUCCAUUGACUUAAACAUACUGCCAUGUGAAUGAUGAAGAGAGCUGCCAUCCCUCUCCUUUCCUUAAGAAAUAGGACAUGAGAGUCUGAUAUUGAUAAGAGUGGUAGGAUUGGACUCUCUUCUUGAUUGACUUGUAUUUUGUCUCUGCCUCCAUAAUACUGUGAACUAUUUCUUUUUUAAAGCGGGGACAGUAGCUUGUAUCAAUUUUCAUCUUGAAAUAACAUUAAGCAUUUUGGUUUCUUAUAUGAAGUUUAGCUGAUUGUGAUGGUGGGGUGCAACAUAAAAUGACAACAGCAGUUUCUGUGUGGUGUGACCUUGAAGCAGAGAGCAGCAGUUAGCUGCUGUCAAAGGGAGCAAGCAGUCAGCUUGGAAGAAGCACUAAGAACUGUAAGAUUUAAUAAUUUUAAAAAUGGAAUAUUCCUGUGAGAAGAUUUUGAAAUUGGGUUGAGGGUGAGCCUUGCUGGCAGCUGGGACAGGAGGCAAGAUAUUCCUUAAACAUAUGUAAGUCAUAGCCAAAACACCAAGAAUGGAUAAUGGAAAUCUGAAGCUGCAAGCAGAAGGGCAAAGAGGGGGGAAAAAAAAUUAUAUGUGGAGAUUGGAGCUGUGCAGCUGAGGAAAGGUAACAGCUGUUCACUUUUUAAUCAAAACCAUAUAAUUUUGAUAGGAACUUUAACACUGGCACAGAUAUGUACUUUAUAAGCAGAGGAUCUACACACACAAUCUUAGGCUGUAUUUUUGUGCUCCUUUUCAGUUUUGUUUGACUGAAUGUAGUGUCAUCUUUUUAUUCUUUCAAGUCCCCCAAUAAAAUCAUAAUUCAAAGUUUAUGAUGCUGUUUUCACACUGGAAAUUACUGUAAUUAAAAAGUCACUCUCAUGACAUUUUAGGGUGAAGCAGAAGAAGGUGGAUUGUAGAAAAAGACACUUGCUUAAGCACCAGUGGCUCCUUAUGGACCUCACUACUAUGAACUUAGCUCCUUCAACCCCCACUGAAUUUAAUCGGAAAUAAAGCUCUGUCUGGGUUGUCCCACACUGUCUUGUGAGCUCUACAGAUACAAACAGAAAAAACAGAAAAAACAAGUCAUGAUGUGCCUUACCUUUCGCCUGGAAAGGUGAAUAUCUCUUUCAGAUAGAGAUGGCUGACAAAGCUGGAAAGAUCCUCCCAGGACCACUGUACAUUGAAGUGGAGUAUGAUUAUGAGUAUGAGGCAAAGGAUAAAAAGAUUGUGAUAAAACAAGGGGAGAGAUACAUCUUAGUGAAAAAGACUAAUGAUGAUUGGUGGCAAGUCAAAAGGGAUGAAAAUUCCAAGCCCUUCUAUGUGCCAGCACAGUAUGUGAAAGAAGUAACACGAAAAGCACUAAUGCCACCUGUUAAACAAUCAGGUGGUCUGCCAAAUAGCUCUUUGAAACUGAUGCAUAGUUUACAGAGGUCGACAGAAAAUGUGAACAAAUCGCCAGAGCUUUCUAGUUUUGGAAAAUCCUCUCCAGUGUCUGGCCUAGUUCGUGAUGCCAAUCAGAAUCUGGGACCAAAUAGUAGCUCAGGUCAAAAUCUUGGCCUGAGCCUGGACCUUGCCCAAAAUAAUGGAAAACUUAACAGUGAGUUGCAGUCCCCCAAGGUUUCCAGCCAGUACAAGUCUCUCUCUCUGGGCCAUUUCACUUGUCCAGAGUUAAUGGAAAUCGAGAAGACCAGCUUCUCACAUGAACAGUCCUGUGAUUCAGCAGGGGAAAGCUCAGAAAAAGUCCAUCAGGAUUCAGAGUCUGGAGAUGAACUCAGUAGCAGCUCCACAGAACAAGUGCAGCCAACUACUCCACCAAGCCAAGGCAGGCCGGAUUCACCAGUUUAUGCUAAUUUACAAGAACUGAAAAUAUCUCAGUCUGCACUUCCACCUUUACCUACAAGUUCCCCAAUUCAGAUUAAUGGAGAAUGGGAAACCCAUAAAGAUACUACAGGACGUUGUUACUACUACAACAGAGGAACACAAGAAAGAACCUGGAAACCUCCUCGUUGGACCCGGGAUGCAAGCAUAAACAAAGGGGAUUCCCACAGCCAAGCUGAUCAGGAGCUGCUUUCAUCUGAAGAAAACGACCACAGUUCUUGUUACAGCCAGUCAGAUAGUCAGUAUGGUUCUCCUCCAAAAGGUUGGUCAGAAGAAUUGGAUGAACAUGGUCAAACCUUAUAUACCAAUGACUAUACUAAUGAAAAGUGGAUAAAACAUGUAGACGAACAAGGUAGACCAUAUUACUACAGUGCUGAUGGAUCACGAUCAGAAUGGGAACUUCCAAAGUAUAAUGCUUCACCACAGCAGCAAAGAGAAAUAAUUAAGAGUAGGAGUCUGGACAGGAAGCUACAAGAACCAAUAGUUUUAACAAAGUGGAGGCACAGCACGAUUGUGUUGGACACCAAUGACAAGGAAUAUCCAGCUGCUUCAAAGCCCAACUGUCCGGAAAAUGAGUCCUCUCCUUCCUCGCCAAAGCACCAAGCCACAGGUCAAGAGAAGUAUGGAUUAUUAAACGUAACAAAAAUUACAGAAAAUGGGAAAAAAGUCCGAAAGAACUGGAUGUCUUCAUGGGCAGUAUUACAAGGUUCAUCAUUAUUGUUUACUAAAACCCAAGGAACUGGAACUAGUUGGUCAUUUUGCCAGUGGGGCUUAAUUCCUGAGCUCCUGCUCUCGCUGUUUUCUUCUUGGAAAAAUGCUCUCAGUGGUCGGCCUGCUGUCACCUAUGUAAACUGUGAUCCUGUUUCAGCUAUCACUAAGUUUGGGGUCAAUCAAUCUAAGCCAGAAUUCACAGUGGAUCUCAGAGGGGCAGUUAUUGACUGGGCAUCAAAGGACAAAUCCAGCAAAAAGAAUGUUAUUGAGCUGAAAACCCGGCAAGGAACUGAACUCUUAAUUCAAUCUGAUAAUGAUGUUCUUAUUAAUGAGUGGUUUAAAGUUCUUAGUUAUACUAUCAGUAAUCAGGCAGUGGAGUCUGAUGAAGCAUUCGAAGAUGAUGUACCGGAUUCCCCAGGGGUGGAAAAACAAGACAAAGAGAAGGACCAUAAGGACUCCAAGAAACUUCGUUCGAUGAAAAUAUCUAGCAGUAUAGAUUCUUCAGAACAGAAGAAGACAAAAACAAAGCUGAAGAAAUUUCUUACACGACGCCCUACAUUACAAGCUGUUCGAGAAAAAGGCUACAUUAAGGAUCAAGUGUUCGGUUCCAGUCUCACCAGCUUAUGUCAGAGAGAAAACAGCUCAGUGCCAAAGUUCGUGAAGCUGUGCAUUGAACACGUUGAAGAAUAUGGAUUGGAUGUUGACGGGUUAUACCGAGUCAGUGGCAAUCUUGCAGUGAUACAAAAGCUAAGAUUUGCAGUUAAUCAUGGUAAGUUCCAUUCUCCAACUGUAUUAUCAAUUUGAAAAUAUAUGUAAGAGUAUUUGUCAAAAUUGCUAGAAAGUUCUUCAGAUUGUGCAUUGAUUGUUGGUCCAUCUGUUUUAAAAUAAUAUGACAACAUUUCAUGAGAAAUAUCUAGCACUUUUCAAAAUGAAAAUGCUACUAAAUAGCAUCUUCUAUGCUCUUCAAGGUGGGUACUGUCUACAUCUGUUCAUACAGUGCCUAGCACACCAGCGCCUUGGUCCUAAUUGAAGCCCUCUAGUCACUCCUGUAAUAAUUCUGAAGCAACGUGUGGCAUGGCAGUUUAAAAGGAAUGAAACUCAAAUAGAAUAUUUCUAUAUCUUAUGGAAAGGAAGAGAAAAAGUAUUAAAAAACCCAACAACCUUGUACUAGCAUUUAACAUUUGUCUAUCCUUCUGACCUUGGGUGAGAAUCUCUAUUGUGCCCUUAGGUGGUCCAGCAAAGGACACUCAGCCUAGAGCAAAGGUGGGCAAACUACCGCCCUGGGGCCGCAUCUGGCCCUUCAGACAUUUUAAUCCUGCUCUCGAGCUCUAGCCAGGGAGCGGGGUC